AUGGACGCCGAAUCUUCAGCUACCAAUAAGUUUGUCCCAGAGUACAGACGUACAAAUUUUAAAAAUAAGGGUCGUUUUUCUGCAGAUGAACUACGUCGUAGAAGGGAUAAUCAACAAGUUGAAUUAAGAAAGGCUAAAAGAGAUGAAGUUUUAGCUAAGAGAAGAAAUUUUUCUGCAACAACAGCUGCUGCAAGUACUUCUGGUGGCAAUGAUUCCGAGGAUGAGGAUGGUGAGACUGAAACCCAAGACCAAGAAUUUUACCAACAAUUGUCACAAGAAUUGCCUCAAAUGUUGCAACAAAUUCAAUCCAAUGACUUUCAAGAGCAAUUGGCAGCUACCGUUAAGUUUAGACAGAUAUUGUCGAGGGAACACAGACCUCCUAUUAAUUUGGUGAUUGAUUCUGGGGUUGUGCCAACACUAGUGAGUUUUAUGAACGAAAAUCAGCCUGAAAUGUUGCAAUUGGAAGCAGCAUGGGCGCUAACCAACAUUGCAUCAGGGACUUCAGAACAGACCCGGUUCGUAGUCGACGCUGGUGCUGUUCCUCUUUUUAUCCAAUUGUUAUAUUCGAAUUCCAUAGAAGUUAAGGAACAAGCUAUCUGGGCCUUGGGUAACGUUGCGGGUGACUCAACAUCAUACAGAGAUUAUGUGUUGGAUUGUAGUGCUAUGGAGCCUAUUUUGUCAUUGUUUGAGGUUUCGAAGACUUCAUUGAUCAGGACUGCCACGUGGACAUUGUCCAAUCUUUGUCGUGGUAAGAAGCCUCAGCCAGAUUGGAACAAAGUGUCUCAAGCCCUUCCUACACUUUCUAAGCUCAUAUAUUCCAUUGACACUGAGACGUUAGUUGAUGCGUGUUGGGCUAUUUCCUAUCUAUCGGAUGGUCCAGUAAACGCUAUACAAGCGGUUGUCGACGCCAGAAUACCAAAGCGGUUAGUGGAGUUGUUAUCUCAUCAGUCAACACUCGUCCAAACUCCUGCACUGAGAGCAGUGGGUAAUAUUGUUACUGGUAACGAUUUACAGACCCAAAUUGUCAUAAACUGUGGUGUUCUACCGGCUCUUAGAAACCUUCUAACCUCUCCAAAGGAAUCUAUCAGAAAAGAGGCAUGUUGGACCAUCUCUAAUAUCACUGCAGGAAAUACCGACCAAAUCCAGGCAGUCAUAGAUGCAAACUUAAUCCCUCCAUUGGUAAAGCUUUUGGAGACCGCAGAAUACAAGACAAAGAAGGAAGCUUGUUGGGCAAUCUCCAACGCGUCCUCUGGUGGUCUGCAGAGACCUGAUAUCAUCAGAUACUUAGUCUCCCAGGGAUGCAUAAAACCACUAUGCGAUCUCUUAGAAAUAGCGGACAACCGGAUUAUUGAAGUCACAUUGGAUGCUUUGGAGAAUAUCUUGAAGAUGGGUGACGCUGAAAAGGAGGCUCGUGGCUCUGUUGUGAACGAAAAUGCCGACUUCAUCGAAAAGGCCGGUGGUAUGGAAAAGAUAUUUAACUGUCAGUCAAAUGCCAAUGAAAAGAUUUAUGAAAAGGCCUACAAUAUUAUCGAAAGAUACUUCGGUGCUGAAGACAACAAUAUAGACGAGUCAAUGGCCCCACAAACUGCAGACAACGCUUUUGGGUUUGGUUCAAACAUGAACCAACAAUUCAGCUUUAACUAA